AAUUAGAACUUUCCCCUCGACUUGAUUUGAAACAAAUGUGCGAAUGAUUGGUUUUAGUUCCGUAAAUUUAUUUACCUGGAAGUCUUGACACAAAAAAAGCAUUUCAUUUUAAUAUUUUUCUCAUUUAGUGUGGUUUUUAGUAAGAGUUAUGCGGCGAAGAAAAUCAUGUAGGUGAUGAUCAUGAAACUGUGCAACAUGGCUGAGAAGUUAUUCAAAUAACACUUAAAACGAGAAGAGGGAAAUCCACAGGCGUAGGAAAGACUUCAUCCCGCGAUACGCUCAAGAAAAUUGUUUAAGUUUCAGAACCUAGCAGAACCUAGCAGAACCUAGCAGAACCUAGCAGAACCUAGCAGAACCUAGCAGAACCUAGCAGAACCUAGUAGAACCUAGCAGAACCUAGCAGGCUAAAGAGCGUACAGGGUUCUUCUCAGCCAUCUUUUUGACAAGUAACGAUCUGCUCUAAAGGUUGGAAGUACAAAUCUAUCGUCUAUCUGAUCUCUUUUGAAAAGAAAACAAGUAUUAUUGAUAAAGUCGAAGGAAAUUUGUCCCCAGAGAAGAUGGCCUCAUUGACGACUGACCUAAAGAAUGAAGAAUAGAAGCACUUCUUCCAGUAUAUAUUACUAAGCCAGCGGUGAGUUUGGAUCCUCCAGUUUAAUAGUUACAGCUCGCUACAUGACACCACAAUGACUCGAUGAUUAUUAAUGGUUUUUCACAAUAAUUUCAGUACACCGAUAUAUCAUGACACGAUAUGUAGGAAAGACAAUUAAAAUGAAGAAUGAAAGUUGCUAUCGCUGCUUCAUGUUUUCUUCCUUUUCAUUUUUUCAUGCAUUCAUCUAUAUAUUUAUUCCACCACUCGUUUCGUUUCGUUUCGUUUGUUCGUUCAUUUAUUGGCGCCAGUUUGUUAAUUCCUUGAAUCAUUGUUUGUUUCUCAUUCCUUAUGUCUAGAAUCUUGCCUUACAUUCUGUGAGUAGCUAUGCUUCAGUUUUAGAAUUAUCAUGUACAUGCACAUAAUAACUUUUCCAACAUCCCUAGAGGAAUCAAUCAUAAAUGAGUUUUAGUGGUGCUUGAAAGAAAAAAGAUAUUACAUUUAUCGUGAAACUUAACUGUCGAGGUCGUUUCAAAGUUGAGAGCCCAUGAGUGUUAUCGCUGAGAGAUUUUUGCUUUUGGCGUACUUAGCUAAGUGGUGAGCUAGGGAUCUUCCAGCUGGGUACACCUUUCCUGCUGUAAGGACGUUUUACUAGAAAUUUAAAUAUUUACAAGGAAACUUGAUAUGGAAUUUUACGUUCUCCUCCUUUUAAUAAUGAAAUCAUCCAAUCACGUCAAGGAGGUAUAACUAGGCCGUAAAUGUCCUCUACUGCCUCGCAGCUGUGUUUUCCAUCGUGUUACGAUCCUAUUUUCGAGUGAAAAACGAGAUAAAAACUGUACUUACUCAUAGGCUUCGGUUUCACAUCUGGACGCGUUUUCGAUCCCUAUUGUUCGCGGUAAUCGUCUCACAGGUUUCGCCGAGCCCUUUGCUACAAACCUUGCUCACCGGAAAAAAAAAAAAUUCUAAGGGAAAUUGCUUGAAGGUCCUUGAACCAGCUUAGUACAGGAAAACUGCUGGGUGCUGACUCAUUCUUUGGCGGGAAAACCAUACCAUUUCCACCUAGCCCUACUACAAACACUACGAGGAAAAGGAAGAGGCACUUUGGGGACGCAAACGAACAAAAUACAGCAAAACCGCUUUGGUUUACUUACUAGGUAACAUUGCUCAUUGUUUUAUUAGAAAAUUGCCAACCACCUUAGAUUUUAAGAAUGAACGUGCUUUACUAAUAACACGAUCAUCAUUAGUCAACUGAUUGUUUUACAACACCAGUGACGCAAACUGUUAGGUAAAGCUGUCGUAAAUCGAUCGCGUUGGAAAGUUUUUGUGUAUUUUGCAAAAUCAGGCGCCCAUUAGCCGGGUAAUGGGCCCUCGGCAAAAGCUUGUGCUGAGCAUGUUUCGCACCCUGGAAAGAGUAACGUUAUAAUUCGAUUGUGUACCCGUUUAAAAUAUAAAUUUUCAAUACACUUCUCUGCCAAUAUUAAAGACAGCUGAGUAAGCUUACGUGUAAUACAGCGCACGUACUACACGAAAAAUGCGUAAAAUUGGCUCCUACGGUAAAAGUAACGCCUGCUAAUCUUUACAUUUCGAUUGAUAUUUCACUAACAAUAUCACCUGCUCCAUGAUCACAUGACCACACAUGUUUUGGGAAAACCACUUGUAUUUCAUUUAUAUUUGAAGCUUGUUACGUACUUAGGUUUCCAAGCACGAUUUAAACUUACUGUUUCCCGUUUCAUAAACAAACUUUGUCGCUAGAGUAGCACUGCUUUUGAAAUAAAGCUCGUUACGCCGGCUGGUCAAAACACGGAAAAAAAUUUACUAAAUACAUCCCUUCAAAGGCGGUAGUAUGCUAAACCACUUUUCAAAUUAUGCGGAGAAAUUGUUUUUUUCCGCCUACGUCGGUCUUCCUGUAAAGAGCGUGUUGGAAGCUCAAGUCGGGAAGUAAGCGUGGUUAACAGUGGAACAAUCGUUUGCAAAAAACCUACGACACAAAGAUAGUCGCGAAUAAGAUCGUCGAAUACUGGGCCGAACCUUACACAAACAAUGUUACGUGUUCUAAUGCUCCAAAUUGGGGUAUCCUUGUUGACUUGCCAAACAUCAAAAGCGGAAAGGAAUUUUUCUAGCAACCCUCAACAGCGGUUGUUGGAAGAUUUACUAGCGGGUUAUGACAGAGAUGGACACCCUGGUGGCGGACAACGAGUCAAGGUGGAAGUAGGCGCAAAAGUUGUGCGGAUUGUCAACAUUGACGAGAAGAACAAUGCUCUGCAGGCACAGUGGUGGAUGAUACAGGAUUGGAACAAUCCUGACCUCAGAUGGAACCCAGAGGACUAUGAUGGAUUAAAAACUGUUUAUGUGGUUCCCAAUAAGGUGUGGGUACCAGAUGUCUUGUUGUAUAACAAUUUACUUUUCAGCGCUGACAAAGAGAUGGAUGCCGCUGGUGCACUGGAAAAGUACAAAACCAAAAUUUCCCUGUCUUAUGAUGGAAACAACUCAUGGAUGGCGCCUGCCAUGUUCCAGAGUAUUUGCAAAAUCGAUAUCAAGUAUUUUCCCUUCGAUGAGCAAAAUUGUCACAUGAAAUUUGCUUCCUGGGCUUAUGACGUCUCAAAGCUUGAUGUUUACGUCAAUCCUAAGGAGACAGGUUUACAGAAAGAGAUUUACCAGCCUUCCAACGAGUGGCACCUUGUUAGUGUCCAUGCAGUGCGGAAUGAGGUGAAGUACACGUGCUGUCCUCAUCCUUAUUCUGAAGUGUUACUGACACUAAAUCUACAACGUCACUCAAGAUAUUACGUCAUCAACCUAGUGUUCCCUUGUGCGCUGAUUGCCUGUAUGGUGUUUCUAACGUUCGUGUUGCCGCCUGAAUGUGGUGAGAGGAUUUCACUUUGUAUCACUGUUCUCAUGGCCAUGACAAUCUUCCAGGAACUUACAUCGGAGAAACUACCACCCAGCUCAGAUACCUUCUUUUUGAUUGGCACCUACUACACCGUCGCUAUCUUCGAAAUCGGUUUAGCGAUAGCAGCCACCUGUCUAGUUCUUAACUUCUACUAUAGCAAAACAAAGAUGCCUGGCUGGUUAAAGACGAUUCUUCUCAAAACUUUGGCGCCUCUUGUCAGAGUAAAGGUCAAAAGAAGACGGCUCUCAGUCAAAGAGAGCCGGCGGUCAACAGACGGCGGGCAUGCGCUUGAUACUAUUCACAACCCAACGUUUGAAGCUUUUAACCACUCGGACAAUGGCCUGGGUCUGACCUGGGUUGGAGACGUAUUUGAGCAAAAUUCUGCUGUGUCUGUAAUGUCUGUGAACUUGAGAAAAGACAGUGUCGCCGACGAUGAAGUGGAUUCCAAACAGAACAUCAACAACUGUGGGAAAAACUGCAAUGGUAUUGCUGGUAAAGGCAACCAUUCGAUCAAACUUAAAGAGAAACUUGUUCAAGAUAAAGGAAGCACGCACGAAAUAAAGGAACCGUCUUUGCAUCAAAUGAUUGAAUGGCAGGAUGAAUGGAGAGCGGCAUCGCAAGUGUUGGACAGACUCAUCAUUAUUUUCUCUGUGAUUAUCGGCUGUGUUUCUGCUGCUGUUAUAUUCUUACAAGCUCCAAGAGUGCGACAAAUGUUGUCUUUUUCAUAAAAAAAAGGCGCCAAUAAGAAGGGUGUGAAAACAACUCCAGCAUAUAUGACAAUGCAUAUUUUCCUAACCUUUCGGUUUUAUAAUAGCGAGCUUAAGAUCCGACGACGGCAAACAUUUGGGACGGUAAGCGGAAGUGAAGUUACCGCCAGAAUUAUUUCCGUUUGCCGUCGUUGUGAGGUUUCCCGCCGUAGCGGCCUUGUCUGUGACGUGAAGAAAGCCAUUUUGCCGUCGCGGCUAAAACGUGAGUAAACCUUAACAAAAUAACGCCAUUUUAACUUACUUUGGGCGAAAA